AUGGCCGUUCCAGACCUGACUUGUAAUGACGAGAGGGAAGAGAGACUAGACGACAUGUUCAGGUACCAGCCGAAACUCCUGUCGCAAACCUCGGGUGCUGCCCGGCCUUUGCCGAAGAUGGAGAUCGUGGUGCGGAACACGUUCAUCCACGUGAACAGCCCGGCACGGACAGAUGAGAUCUUUGGGCGUCCCACGCUCUCGUGCCCAGCCAGAAGCAUUGGCCGAAUGCUGAUUGAGGAGGAUGCCAGUACCUCCGCCAGCCAGAUUCAAUACGCGCUGUCCGACUCGAUCUCAGGUUCCUCGGACUUAUGGAAAGCUGCCGGAGAUUGCGGCCAUGCAACAACAGUCCGGAGCCUGAGGCCUCCCUAUGCAGCGUGGCACGCGCCCACGCCGGAGGCGGCGGACGUCUUCGUGAAGGCGCAGCCGUGGGAGCCCGCGGAGCUGCCUAGCCUUGGAUCGCAAGGCCACUUCAGUGGCGAUUGCAGGCCUUGCGCGUUUUUGUACGCGAAGGGCUGCUUGAAUGGCGCCAUGUGCAACUUCUGCCACCUCUGCGAUCGGGGUGAGAAGAAGCGGCGUCAGAAGGCGCGGAGGGCGGCCUUCAAGAUCGACCAGGAGCUGGAGCAGUGA